AUAAUCCAAUUGGCUCAAUUGCCACUUCUCCCGGAAUCAGGCCUGUCGAAGCACAGCUAUUCUGUUGAUCACUUCCGAGGAGCUUCAGUAGCUCAAUACCCCCAAGUUGAUCUGACUGGAAAGCCGCUCCGUACUCCUAGUCACGGCAAUGAAGGUUGGUUAGGAAGUGAAUGUAGGAAAGUGAAAGUUGCUAUGCUAUCAGCUUUUAGAACACUGUCAGAGCCAUCCGUUCUGACAAUGAGGUCAUCAGAUCUUUUUGUUGCCAGGACAGCCAUACCAGGAUCUAGCAACUAUGGUGGUGGAUGUAGAUCCUUCAAAACGCCGGAUAGAGGACUGUCACGAAGGGUCUGUACCUUAAUGCACGGCUUCGCACUGCAAUGUGCUCCCGUGUAUCUCGCCUCGUACGUUGAUCUGAAAAACCGCCCCCAAUCAGUUGCACGUGAGAUGGGCAAACUGCAAAAGUUGGACAAUCGAAUCCAAACUAUACUACAAAAUGGCAUACAAUCGAAACACCGAACAGUGUUCAUCAUGGUGGGUAACAAGGGACAAGACCAAGUUCCUAUCAUGCACCAGAUCCUCAAUUCCUUAUUCAACAAAGGACGUCUGAGCCUUUUAUGGUGUUACAAAAAGGAGUUGUCAUUUAGCACGCAUCGGAAGAAAAACCUGAAGCUGCUCAAUAAGAAACGCAAGGCUGGCGUGACUAGUGACGCCACAAUUUUCGAGCAGUUCAUUUGUACCACCGAUAUUCGAUGGUGCUACUACCAUGAAACGGACAAGAUUCUGGGUCAAACCUUUGAUAUGUGCAUUCUGCAAGAUUUUGAAGCGCUUACCCCGAACACACUGGCACGGACCAUCGAAACAGUCAGUGGUGGGGGGUUGAUUGUUUUUCUCCUCAAAUCGAUGGAUUCCCUUCGACAAUUAUGCACUAUGGCAAUGGAUGUUCAUUCACGCUAUCGAACCGAAGCUCACCAGGAUGUGGUUUGUCGAUUCAACGAGCGGUUUCUCUUGUCUCUCACCAGUAAUUCGCGAUGUCUUGUCUUGGACGAUCGUUGGCAGGUACUACCCUUAUCGAAGAAGGUCUUAGCUGGAUUACAAGCAGGCAGACAGGCAACAAAUUCAGUUCCACUGACAGCGGAGCAACAAGAAUUGCAAAAGCUGAAGGUAUCCUUGGCCGAGGACGGAUCACCUUUUGCGCCUUUGGUCAAAUUAUGCGUCACAUUAGACCAGGCUCGAGGUUUAGUUCAGUUCUGCGCCUCGGUCGCAUCUACAUCCCAGGCGGCCUCGGUCCAAACACAGACAGUGACAAACAACAAGUCUGUAGCACGUUGUCUUCUCAGCGCCGUCGGUUCCGCUCAAGCUCAAGUGGAGGCUUCGUCUUCAAUUGUGAUUGUUACCGCUAGUCGAGGUCGAGGAAAGUCAGCCGCCCUUGGACUCGGUCUAGCAGCUGCCAUCGAAGCUGGCUUGCCAAACCUCUAUGUGACGGCUCCCAGUCCAGAAAACCUGAGCACUCUGAUGCAAUUUGUCGUUCGUGGCUUGACCGCCUUCGGCUACGAGGAACACCAAGAUUAUGCAGUGACAAAGUCCACCGAUCCAAAUUACAACCAUGCAAUAAUUCGAAUCGAUGUGCAUCGACAAAACCACCGCCAGUCUUUAGUCUACUUGAGUCCUUGGGAGCUGGCCAGUCAGAUGGGAGGGAUUGGGAGUCAACAGGCUGAUCUGGUUUGUAUCGACGAAGCGGCUGCAAUCCCGUUGACCCUGGUUCGUCUGAUCAUAACGGGUCCGAGAUUAGCGUUUAUGGCAUCCACGGUUAAUGGGUAUGAGGGCACGGGGCGUUCUUUGUCCCUCAAACUUAUCAAACAGUUGCGUACGGAGUGUCGAUUGUCCGAUACCACAAUACGAUUACAACCGAAACCGGUCUUACCGGGUACAGUUUCUAAUCCAAAAGUAACGCAGCCUUCCGGCAACAAGGAAGCAGUACCGGUUUCGCUCGGAAAGAGUUUCCGAACAGCCGACACAUCACGUGUUCUUUAUGAGGUCACUUUGAACGAAGCUAUUCGUUACGCGAACGGUGACCCGGUGGAAGCGUGGCUAAACGAACUGUUAUGUUUGGAUUGCGGUUCCUGUCUGAUGUCAGAUGUGGGUGGCAAUUUGGAUGCCUACUACCCCCCGGUGGAUCAGUGUCAGCUGUACUACGUCAAUCGAGACACUCUGUUCGCAUAUCACAAAUCAACCGAGAUUUUCCUUCAUCGCUUGAUGGCACUGUACGUGGCUUCCCACUACAAGAACUCGCCCAACGAUCUUCAGCUUUUAUCCGAUGCUCCGGCUCAUCAUAUCUUUUGUCUACUUGCCCCGUACAACCCAGAAUCUGGAAAGGUUCCGGAAAUUCUGUGUGUGCUACAAGUGUGUUUGGAAGGUCUCAUCAACAAAGAUCGUGUCAUGCGAAGUCUUUCUCGGGGAUUGCGUCCUUCGGGUGAUUUGAUACCCUGGACAAUCAGUCAGCAGUUUUGCGAUCCCAGUUUUGGCAGUCUGUCCGGUGCACGUGUCGUACGGAUCGCCACACAUCCGGAAUAUCAGAACCUUGGUUACGGCACACGUGCUCUGAAUUUACUGCAUGACUACUACGGUGGAAAAGUAAAGUUGCAGCUGCCUGACACAAGUGAAGAACUUGACAAGAGUUCAACGAGUAAAAAUUCUUCCUCAGUUGAACGAGAAGAAGCAAUGUUGGUUGAUGACGACGAAGAGGAGGAUGAAGAGGAAGAGGAAGAACAGAUUGACCAAAUCAACUCGGAUGAAGAUGCGGAGGACCUUGAAGAACCUUGUGAUGGAGCUACUAAAUCCCCUGGCUCACGUUUACUAACAGAGUCCAUCGAACGACGCGGUCCCAGCAACCUUCCACCGCUUUUGAGCCGUUUGAAUGAACGAGCUCCGGAACCGCUUGAUUAUAUUGGCGUAUCUUUUGGGGCGACGCCGAGUCUUUUACGGUUUUGGAAACGUUCAGGUUAUAUUCCAGUCUACCUACGCCAAACGCUUAAUGAACUAACCGGGGAGUUUACGUGCAUCAUGUUGAAACAACUCAACGAAUCAUCUGUUUUCAGCCAAACUGAAAAUUGGCUAUGCAAGUACCAUCAAGACUUUGUCCAUCGGUUUGUAUCCCUUUUGCCCGGAUGUUUCCGUUACAUGGAUGCCGCCUAUGCCUUGGAGCUCGUCCACAACAAGGCCACACGGUAUCUGGCUGGUCAAGAGUUGACUCCCGACCAAGCCCAAUCAGUAUUCACUCGAAUUGAUUUGGAACGCCUGCAUAACUACACAAGGUCACUGGUUGACUUCCACGUGGUUAGCGAUCUGUUGCCACGACUAGCGCAUCUGUAUUUCAACAGGCGCCUGCCCGAAGUAAAAUUGAACAAAACCCAGCAGGUCAUUCUUUUGGGGCUCGGCCUGCAGCACAAGACUGUCGAGCGCCUGGCAGCUGAGUUCGGUCGCCUUUUGGGUGACAGCGGCAAAACGAGAACAGCGGAUUGUAGUCGCUCCGCUGAUACCGGCGUUGUCCUGGCGCAGGCCGAAGAAAAGAAGAUGGACAGCACCAGUGGCCUUUCUGCUACGGCACAUCGGGCUGCGCAUGAUUUGGAUGUGCAAGACAAAACACCUGAUUCUGGAUGGAGCAAGCGGAUAAGAGGUCUGUUAUUUGUUCUCGUUCGUGAACUGGUUCGUUCAUUGGACUCAGUUGUCGGUUCGAGCAGCAACUCUGAUCACUCCGCCAAUCCUGCGACACAGUUGGUAGCAACUUCGGUUGGGGGCAGUCUAACCAUGACACUCGACGAAUCUGGUCAAGAGCUUGAGGAAAAUGACGAGGCUUCCGAGGGCGACGACGAAACCGAGAAUGAGGACGAUGAUGACGAAGAAGUCUCCCGUUUGAACCAAUCAACUCUGAAUGACGCCGAAAUAAACCGCCGUGCUUCAUUAGUACGCCAGCUGAUGUCCGAAGAGCUGACCACUGGGGGUGGUGGAGGACUGGGCUCGUUGGAGCGGUACAAAGUUCACGGAUCGGAGAGCGACUGGGCUCAAGCUAUUGUGGGGCACGGGUCCGACUUGAGCACCCUCAAUGUAAAGCUGCCAUCAACUCAAAAGAGUUCAGACGAUCAGCCAAAAAAGAAACGACACAAACAUGGUGCCGGAAUUGUCAAACACGCUCCACCCGGAAAGAAGAAAAAGCAUUUUAUUAAACAGUAAUUAUCAUCCCGGAAUGGCAUUCCCGUGUACAGUAGAUAUUGUUGUUGAUAUGACAUACAUCCAUUUGAGAAUACG